CAGCGAUGGGUGCGCCUUCACCUACGCUCAUGAAUAUACACGUACUAAGAAGUCACAGGUAUAACACUAUGGAUAGUACCAUCUUCUGCAUGUGUAGCUAAACUGAAGCGUAUCAUGAAUGUCCGCCCGGUACCGCCUACUGCAUCAUCCUCAUCCUAUCUUCGAUUCGAUCCACACAUUACUCUGCUAUCCCUCCCUGCAAAUUCCUCUCUCUCUGCGUCUGUCUUGAGAGAUGCAGUAUCAAGUAUUCAGCUGUCUCUUGACAUAAAAUUCAUAUCAAUCGAUAUCGGGACGCACUUCUUUCGAUCCGUGUACAUUGCCGCGCAAUUGACGCCAGAGCUCGAGGAACUGCACAUGCAUGUACAUAAGAAGGUCGGCGUGGAACCAAGGACACCAAAGUAUCCACACGUGUCGUUGUGCUACAUCACAGACGAGGAUGCGCAGCAGGGAGAGAGAAAGGCUUUUUAUCGGGCAAUUGAACCCAAGAUACGAAAGGAAGACGAUGGCGUUAGCAUUGACUGCGGGGAGCUCACCGAGGAAUGGAUGAGUAGAUUUGUAGCAAACGAAAUUUGGAUUGCAGAAUGUAACGGUCCUGUAGAUGACUGGAGGAUUCUGGACAAGAUUCCAUUGCAGUUCGUUUGACAAAAAAUUCUCUAUGUUGAUAUCUAUCAGCGCUCGGAAGGCUUCAACCUUAGCACUUAGCACUUGGCUUCGAGCAUGUUUUUCCUCACCUGACUUUACCUCACCUGACUUUAAAUAGCUUGUCUAGCACCCAUUGUCAGCCAGAUAAAACUUACCAGAUAUUGCAUCGGG